GAAGAGAAGAUGCGCCGCAAGGAAAUGGAGAAGAUGAAGCAGCAUUGGGGCAUAGUUGGAUUCGUCGCCGACAGCCAAUAUGGGAUUCCGAGAAGAUGUCCAUGUGGUGGAUCUAUCAAGCACGAUGUAUCUCCUUCUCUAAAAUUUAAACACGAUUUCGAAACUCAACCAGGCAGUAGGUACUUCACCUGCACCAAAUUUAAAGAUGAUGGACUCCACUUUCGUCAGCCAUGGGUUUUUGGAGUCGAACAAGAGAUUGAGAAGCUAGUUAUGAAAGUUGAAGAGCAGAGCAAGACGAUUGAAGAAAUGCGAAAACAGAUUCAGAUCCAAGCCGAAGAGAUAGCCAAGCUCAGGACUUGA